CACACAUACACACGCGUCGCGUAGUUAAUGUGCUUGUGUGCGUGAGUGUAUAGAAAUGCUGCUUCAGUGCAGCAAGUUUUAGCGCAUGCGCAAACCGCCAUAUAUCUAAAGUUGCUGUCAACUUUUGCAUUAAUUGUUUUUCGUUGAGCCAAAAAAGCAGUUAAAUUUACAAACUCUCAAUCGAAAAGUUUGCAAUGUAGAUUGUUGAGCGUGUGUGUGGCAACGAUUCAAAGCGAGCGACAUGGUGGAAUCAUCGAGUUUGGGGCGUGCGCCGCCAGCGGCACAGCAACCCAUACCACAGCAGAAUUCGCCGUCGCCGUCGGGUUUGCGUUGCGGCAAUUUGGAAACGCGAGUGCGUGGCUCUUGGUAUCGAGUGAUGGUGACGCUCGAAACGGACUUUCUAGCAAUCAGUCUGGACGAGUCCUGCGAGUCGUCGCAACACUCCAGCGAUGGGCAGUCCACAACCCUAAAUGGCACGCUUGGAAGCAAUCAUAGCGGUGGAGGAGGUGCCGCUCAGAAUGGCACACUGCCCAGCUCUGCCUCGCUGCAAGGUAUGGUUGUUCAGGACACCGAGCUGGAUGGCACUGGGACGGGUACAGGCAACGGGACUGGAACUGGCAAUGGAACGGGCAACGGCACCAGCAACGACAACAACGGUGAUCUUUCCCUGAACAACAACAACAAUGCGGACGCUGUUGGUCUGGACAUGUGCGAUGUACCUGAUCAUGUGGCCAAUCAGAAGCGUCAUGUGCGCAUCAUCAAGUCCGACAACAACGGCCUGGGCAUCUCAAUCAAAGGUGGGCGCGAGAAUCGCAUGCCCAUUCUCAUCUCGAAGAUAUUUCGUGGCAUGGCCGCUGAUCAGGCCAAGGGACUCUACGUGGGCGAUGCCAUUCUUACGGUUAACGGCGAGGAGCUGCGCGAUGCCACCCACGACGAGGCGGUGCGUGCUCUCAAGCGUGCCGGUCGCGUCGUAGAUCUGGAAGUUAAAUUCCUGCGCGAAGUGACGCCCUACUUUCGGAAGGCGAGCAUCAUUUCCGAGGUGGGCUGGGAGCUGCAGCGCGCAUUUCUCUGCCCGCUGGGUCCGGGUGCGCCAACAUCCCCGCCAGCACCGACGCCAAAGACAACACCUCGUGCAGAUACGCGCUACAUUCCGCUGCAGCUAACGCAUCUGGCGCGCAAUCUCAAAUACAUCGAUCCGGAGAAUCGCUGCCUGGAGCUGCACUCGCCUGAUGGGGUGCAUUCGUGCAUUCUGCGUGCGGCCGACUCCGCGGAAGCCCUGGUCUGGUUCAAUGCGCUCCACUCGGCCAUGGGCAGCAGCACGCAGCGCGCUUUGGUCGAGGCCAAUCGUGCGUUGAUGGCUCUCAUCGGUGAGCUGAAGCACAUUGGUUGGCUAAGCAAGCGUCUAAAUGGGGCAGGCAGCUCUGGCAGUGCUGGCGGUGGCGGUGGCGGCAGUGGUGCAGCCAGUGGCGGUAGUGGCACAUCGAAUAGUGGAGGCGUCGCCGGUGAGGUGGUAAGUCCCAGCGGUCGCUCCAGCUCGGAGAGCUCCGAUGAGAGCGACAAGUGGCUGCCCAUUUUUGUGGCUGUUACAGAGCGUGAGUUUCGGAUAUACGAGAGUGCACCCUGGUCUGUGGAGGCAUGGAGUCGUCCGCUGGAGAGCUAUGCACUCGCCACAACACGCCUGGCGGGCGCUGGCAACAAUUCAUCACUAAAUGGCCAACAGACGACGGUGUUCUGUGUGAGAUGUGGCACGGCUCGCGGUGUUCUGGUUUAUUGGCUGCGCUCGGAAACGCAUCGGGAUAUGGCCGCGUGGGCGCGUGCUCUUGUCCAGGGCUCCCAUCAGGCGGUAAACUUGCAGCGCGAGUUCUCGUUCCGCUGCCUCUAUCAAGGCAGGCAGUGUCAAUUGGUUGUGCACAUAAAUCGCGGCUUCUUCUUGUACGAUUGCGGUGGCUUUGCCUCGUCCACGCCAACAUCAGUGGCGGUGGCCAACAAAACGCAGCUCUGGCAAUUCCCCUUUGAUAAAUUGAAAGGCUCAGCGGACGAUGGAGCUCGUCUUUUAUAUUUGGAUUUUGGCGAUGAUGGCGAAAUUGAAUUGGACAUGGAGUGCUGUCCAAAGCCGGUUGUGUUCGUGGUACACAAUUGCCUAUCGGCCAAGGUGCAUAAUAUUGCCUAGGCUAACAUAUUUUUUCAUUGGCCUCAAUCGUAUUGGAAGAUGGGCGAGAUUUUCUUAAGCGUAUUAUAAAUCCAAAUAUUUAUAUUAUAAAAAAAUAAGAAAUUUA